AUGGAUAUGAAUGGUGACGCAGGCGCCAAGCGCAAGCGCAGCUCGAUCGCCGCCCCUGUCGAGCGGCCGGCAAAGCAUCUCCGGCCCGAAGCUAGCACACUCACGCCCGGCGACUCCACGCCCGCAAAUGGAACCGUUUACGAUGUGGAGGAAGAGGAGGAUGCUGGUCGGGUAUUGCCCCUGGGAGCUGCACAAGCGGACUCGCCUGAAUGGCAGGCCACCAUCGAGGAGGUCGUGAAAAGCGUUGUGUCGAUCCACUUCUGUCAAACUUGCUCCUUCGAUACGGAACUAUCAAUGAGCAGUCAGGCGACUGGGUUUGUGGUCGACGCGGAGAGGGGAUAUAUUCUGACGAACCGACACGUGGUAUGUCCAGGACCUUUUUGGGGAUAUUGUAUCUUCGAUAACCAUGAAGAAUGCGAUGUGCGCCCCAUCUAUCGAGAUCCUGUGCACGACUUCGGAAUUCUACAGUUCGACCCGAAAGCGAUCCGAUACAUGAAGCUGAAGGAGUUGAAACUGCAGCCGGAUGCAGCAAAGGUCGGAUCGGAGAUACGUGUCGUCGGUAAUGAUGCAGGAGAAAAGCUCAGCAUUCUGUCCGGUGUCAUUAGUCGACUGGAUCGAAACGCUCCCGAGUACGGCGAGGGAUACAGUGAUUUCAAUACCAAUUACAUUCAGGCCGCCGCGGCUGCCAGUGGCGGUAGUUCCGGCAGUCCUGUCGUGAACAUUGACGGCCAUGCAAUUGCCCUGCAGGCUGGUGGUCGUGCAGACGGUGCGGCUACGGAUUACUUCCUCCCGCUAGACCGACCGCUGCGUGCGCUGGAAUGCAUUCGUCGCGGCCAGCCCCUCACGCGAGGAACCAUCCAGACACAAUGGAUCCUCAAGCCGUUUGACGAGUGUCGUCGGUUGGGCCUGACGCCUGAGUGGGAAGCCACCGUGCGCAAGGCUGCUCCCGCAGAAACCAGCAUGCUGGUAGCAGAGAUCAUCCUGCCGGAGGGACCAGCAGAUGGCAAGCUCGAGGAGGGAGACGUGCUCCUAAAGCUCAACGGGGAGCUGCUCACUCGGUUCGUCCGGUUGGAUGACAUUCUAGACUCGAGCGUCGGGCAGACGGUGCGUCUGCUUGUGCAAAGAGGCGGUCAAAAUGUGGAGGUGGAGUGCCAGGUUGGCGACCUGCAUGCCAUUACGCCCGACCGCUUCGUGACCGUGGCUGGAGGCACGUUCCAUAACUUGUCCUACCAGCAGGCACGUCUGUAUGCCAUCGCUACCCGCGGCGUGUAUGUCUGCGAGGCUGCCGGCUCCUUCAAGCUGGAGAAUACAUUGUCGGGGUGGCUGAUCGACUCCGUGGACAAGCGACCAACACGGACCCUGGAUGAGUUCGUGGAGGUGAUGAAGACAAUUCCUGAUCGCUCCCGGGUGGUCAUCUCAUAUCGCCACAUCCGCGAUCUCCACACGCGGGGUACCAGCAUUGUCUACAUCGACCGGCACUGGCACCCGAAGAUGCGGCUGGCCGUGAGAAAUGAUACCACCGGACUGUGGGAUUUCUCUGACCUCGCGGACCCCGUUCCCGCCCUGCCCCCUGUGCCGAGGAAGGCCGAUUUCAUCCAGCUUGAUGGAGUGAGUCAGCCUGCUGCCGCAGACAUUGUGCGCAGCUUCGUUCGCGUGUCGUGCACGAUGCCCCUCAAAUUGGACGGCUACCCUCAAGCCAAGAAAACGGGAUUCGGUCUGGUCGUUGACGCGGAGAAGGGACUCGUCGUGGUCUCGCGUGCCAUUGUUCCGUACGACCUUUGCGAUAUCAAUGUCACGGUGGCCGACUCCAUCAUCGUGACCGCCAAGGUGGUUUUCCUGCAUCCGCUCCAGAACUACAGUAUCAUCCAGUAUGAUCCUAGCUUGGUCCAGGCUCCGGUACAGAGCGCCAAGCUUAGCACCGAGUACAUCAAGCAGGGCCAGGACACUAUUUUCGUCGGAUUCAACCAGAACUUCCGCAUCGUGGUGGCCAAGACAGCCGUCACCGACAUCACAACGGUGUCGAUCCCGGCCAAUGCCUCGGCUCCGCGCUAUCGUGCGAUCAACCUAGAUGCCAUCACCGUAGACACAGGUCUCAGCGGACAAUGUUCCAAUGGUGUCUUAGUCGGCGAAGACGGAACAGUGCACGCAUUGUGGCUGAACUACCUCGGUGAGCGCACGGCGAACUCCCACAAGGACGUGGAGUACCACUUGGGCUUCGCGACGCCGUCUCUCCUCCCGGUCCUGUCCAAGGUCCAGCAAGGCGAGAUGCCCACGUUGCGAAUCCUCAACAUGGAGAGCUACGUGGUGCAGAUGAGCCAAGCCCGCAUCAUGGGCGUGUCGGAGGAGUGGAUCCAGAAAGUGACGCAGGCGAACCCAGCCCGGCAUCAACUGUUCAUGGUCCGCAAGGUCGAUUGUCCACCUCCCGGCUUUGCCUCGUCGGGCGUAGAUAGCUUCGAGGAGGGCGACAUCAUCCUCACCCUGGAUGGACAGCUGAUCACCCGUGUCUCGGAGCUUGAUAUCAUGUACGAGAAGGAGUCCUUGGAGGCGCUCAUUGUGCGCAACGGCCAGGAAAUGCGCAUCCAAGUCCCCACGGUGCCAACGGAGGAUCUCGAAACCGACCGCGCGGUUGUCUUCUGUGGUGCUGUCCUUCAGAAGCCCCAUCAUGCAGUCCGUCAGCAGAUCUCCAAACUCCACAGCGAGGUCUACGUCAGCGCCAGGAGCCGCGGAUCCCCCUCCUACCAAUACGGCCUCUCCCCGACGAACUUCAUCACCGCCGUCAACGGCACCCCGACCCCGAACCUAGACCGCUUCGUCGAAGAAGUCCGCAAGAUUCCGGACAACACCUACUUCCGCCUCCGAGCCGUGACAUUCGACAACGUCCCUUGGGUCGUGACCAUGAAGAAGAACGACCACUACUUCCCCAUGUCCGAAUACCUCAAAGACCCCUCCUCCCCACAGGGCUGGCGCACCGUGUCCCAUGAUAAUGACAAGCACCGCGACGGAGUCGCCCCGGACGCAGCGAACCUGAAUCCCGACGCCAUGGACGAGGGUUUCGACGGAGUGAGCGAUAUUGAGCCGGAGGUGGAGUAA